CUCUCCAUUCCCAUCUGUAACCCAUUAAAAAGGGUGGUAGGAACCAAACAGAUAUUUGUUUUGUAUGAUACCCAUCAAGGAUGAAACUGGCGAGGCCACCUCCAAGGCGAUGAUUGACAUUUUCAAAACCCACGGUUCUCCUGAGGUCAUCUCGAAUCACCGAAGUCGUGAACUCUGGAACAAGGUUUGGAUGAAUGGACUAACCAGACCCUCAAGACCCUCUGUAAAGGCUUUCCUCUUCAUCUGAAGAGGAGAGGCGAGAAGGAUCGGAGGACCACUAUGCGGCGUGGAACGGUCCACACGACAGCAGCAUCCAGGCCUCCACCGAGUACUCGUCCUACCGCCUGCUGUACGGACGUGAGACCUGCAGAUGUUGACUGAUGGUCACCAAUGCAAAGAAAAAGCCGUAUCUCAGACUGGCCAAUAAAAAAAUGGAGGCAGAAGAACUCUGCCUAGAAGGUCAGCAUCCCGGAGUCGGGAUGCCGACCUUGUGAUCUGUAAGGAUCCAAUCUGCAUCUUCAAUGACACCAGCGGAGGAACAGUGGGCUUCCAUCGGAUUCACACCUGUUCCAAAGCCUCGUCUCAUAGUCGGACCAACACCUGCAGAGGAACAGUGGGCUUCCAUCGGAUUCACACCUGUACCAAAGCCUCGUCUCAGAGUCGGACCAACACCUGCAGAGGAACAAUGGGCUUCCAUCAGAUUCACACCUGUACCAAAGCCUCGUCUCAGAGUCGGACCAACACCUGCAGAGGAACAGUGGGCUUCCAUCAGAUUCACACCUGUCCCAAAGCCUCGUCUCAGAGUCGGACCAACACUUAACCCACACAGCAGAGACUCAGGUCUGGCAGCAGGACAUAUGGAGGAGCCCUUAUGCUUACGUACCAACCCCGUCCAAAGACUUCCUCCCCCUAACAAGCCCCUCCCAACUUUAAAAAGAAACGGUAUUGUUCAGAGAAUGGUCCACACGAACACUGAGAACAGAAACAGUGGAUCCAUGGUUGUCAUUGACACUGAGGGCUCAGGAGCGGAUUUGCAUUAUGCACAGCUUCCAAGAGGCAGCCGGGAGAGGCUGAACACUGCUGUGACAGACAAGCUGAACGCAAACUGCAGAGAGAGAAACGGUUUAUUAGAAACCUUGUGGCAGGAACGCAAACUGGUGCAAGAGAGCGGAAUACUGCCGUACCUCAACAAGCAAGAGCUGCUGCUACAGGAGAGUAUGUAUGAGGUGGUGACGACAGAGCAGUCCUACCUGGAGAGGCUGGGUGUCGCUGUGAACCAUUUCAUGAAGUCAUCUACCCUGCGUCUAGCCCUGUCACCCAGAGACCACAAGUCCCUUUUCUCUAGUAUUGCCAAGAUCAGGGAGAUUAGCCAGAACUUUCUAGACGUAAUGAGGGAGGAGCUGGAGUCUAACCUGCUUUGUGACAUGUUGUGUGAUGUCAUCCAUCGCCACACCAGCAGCCACUUCGGUGUCUAUGUGGACUACAUCCGUAACAUGCCUUACCAGGAACAGACCAUGCACAACCUGGGGAGGGAGAACCCCCAGAUCAUGGAAAUAUUAAGGGAGCUACAAGAUGACCAACGCUGUUAUCGUCUGCCCCUGAAGUCCUUCCUGGUCCUUCCCUUUCAGAGGAUCACACGACUCAAGAUCCUCAUAGAGAACAUUUUGAAGAGUACAGAGCGGGGGUCAGAGAGGCAGGUGUCCGCAGAGAAAGCACUGAGAGCACUCAUAAAGGUAGUUGAGGCCUGCAAUAGGGAGGUGGGGAGGAUGAAGAUGAUGGAGGAAAUCGUUCACAUCGCCAACAAAACUGAGUUUGAAUGUAAGGCCCUGCUCCUGGUGUCUUCCUCUCGCUGGCUCGUCAGACAGGGGCAACUAGCUCAGCUGUCAGAGAAAGAAAACAUCUUUGGUCACCGGAAACUCUGUCACAUCUAUCUUUUCCUCUUCAAUGACUUACUGCUGGUGACCACCAGGAAAGGCAUGGAUCGGUUUGUGGUGCGGGAUCAUGUCCACCGUUCCCUGAUAGAGGUGAGUGAAGGACUGGAGGAGAAGGAGGAUUUGGUGUGUGCUUCAUGGGAGAGGAUGUUCUGCCUCGCUCUGCUGAAGAACCAGAGGGGAACAACAUCUCAGUUCCUGCUGCAGGCCUCCACACAGGCAGAGAAGAUAACCUGGAUGGAGGUGUUGAGCCAUCGAGUGGACGGGAUGGAAGGAAUCUAUGAAGAAUGGGACUGUCCUCAGGUACGAUGCACUGAGGUCUACGUAGCACAGCAGCCAGGGGAACUGAGUGUACAGCUGGGUGAUACCAUCAACGUCAUACAGAAAACUGCUGACGGUUUCCUAGAGGGCAGGAGACUUGCGGACGGUGAGCGGGGCUGGUUCCCGGAUUACUGUGCGGUGCAGGUCACCAAUGAGUACGUCCAGAGGAAACACCUCAGGCAGCGCUACCAUGUUUUACAGACUGCCAACCGCAUCCUGAACCGACGGCACACUGUUCCCCAGGCAACUGCCUGCUUCAGAUAGAAAGGUCUUUCUGAAUGAGGUCUGCAUCUCAAAUGGCACCCUAUCUAUGCCUUAUAUCAGGGCGUUCACAAUAAUUAGACGGUUGAUGAACUGAAUUAGGUUCGUUUCAAAUGGGGUUGGAGUGAAAACCUACAGGAUGGUAGCUCUCCAGGAACAGGGUUGGAGAGCCCUGGUGUAAACUUACAGGAGGGUAGAUCUCCAGGAACAGGGUUGGAGAGCCCUGGUGUAAACCUACAGGAGGGUAGAUCUCCAGGAACAGGGUUAUAGAGCCCUGGUGUAAACCUACAGGAGGGUAGCUCUCCAGGAACAGGGUUCGGAAGCCCUGGUGUAAACCUACAGGAGGGUAGCUCUCCAGGAACAGGGUUAGAAAAGCCCUGGUGUAAACCUACAGGAGGGUGGCUCUCCAGGAACAGGGUUGGAGAACCCUGCAUGAUGCACUUCUUCUGAUCAGGGCCAAUAGGGCUCUGGUCAAAAGUAGUGCACUAUAUAGGGAAAGGGUUGCCAUUUGGGAUGCAGAGGAGAUAUAACCAGUCACACUCUUGAUGUAUUUCAGUCAGUUGAUAAUGUUCAGCUUUUAAUUUACUCUGAACCUAAGUGUUUAUUCUUACUAUGUUUCUUAUUCUGUUUAUACACAUUUUAUUUCAUUGAACUGACAUAUGACAGAAUAUCGUUAUAACUUACUGCAAUUGAAUUCUUUAUGAAAAUAAACUACAACGUAUGAAA